AAGUUAUUACUAGAGAAAAUACACCAACCUUUUUCACAAUGGCAUCAAACUCAAUGUCUUCUUAUGGAUCUGGCUCAUGGACUGUUAAGCAGAACAAAGCCUUUGAGCGUGCUCUAGCAACCUAUGACCAAGACACUCCUGACCGUUGGUAUAAUGUUGCUAGAGCUGUUGGUGGAACAACACCUGAUGAAGCUAAGAGACAAUAUGAUCUUCUGGUACGUGACAUCGAAAGCAUCGAGAAUGGGCAUGUACCAUUCCCUAACUACACGACUACUGGAGGCAGAACCAAAGGCAGGCUGCGUGAUGAGGAAAAAAAGUAUUGUUAUUCUUUUGCAAUCUAAUUCAAAACAUUUUGUGAUAAUUACAAUAAAUCAACAUUGUUUAUAUCCCUAAUAGCCCGCUUAUUUCCAUUUUAAAAUACGUCUACAAACAAGGUUACAUAUGCAUGUGUCAUGAUAAUAUACACCAAAUCAAACAUAAAAGGGCAUGUCUGUUUCAGAAGAAAUCAUCAUUUACUUUACAAAGAUUCUCUUACUUCUUAUGCUAAGCAAUGUGAGUCUCUAAAUCUUCCAAGUGUUUCCUUCUCAGUGCCUCCUUAGGCUUUGUAAAAAAACCAGACAACUAAAAGCACCCAAAAUAUUUAUGCCUAUAAAUUAUAAUCAUUCCGGCCUUCUCAGUUUGGUAUGUAAUAUUUACUUAUUCCUAUCCCACAUCUUGCCCAAGAAGGUUCGGGAAAAAAAACGAAACCUAUUCAUCAUGAAACAAAUAAGUACUAUAUUUAAGGAAAAGAAAACGAAGCUUUGUAUUUAACCAAACAAAAUGUAAUUUUGCCCCAAAAAAACACGAUGUAC